GAAUUUUCUAAUGAAAUAUUUACUAACACUUCUUUUCUUCUCUCUUGUCCUUGGAUAAUAAGUACCAGAGGAGGAUGGAGUUUUAAUAUUGAGCGAUUAAAACUUUGAAUAUGUUCUGAGGAAAUAUGAAUUUGUAUUAGUGGAUUUCUAUGCUGAAUGGUGUGGACAUUGGUAUUAAUCAUUAAUAAAAUUUAGUCAUCAUUUAGCUCCAAUAUUUGCUUCAUCUGCAAGAUAAGUCAGGAGUCAAAAUGUUCAAUUUGCUAAAGUAAUAAACUUGAUAAAUUUAAGAUCAAUUGUCCUCAAUAUGAACAUUUGUGUAGAAAAUAUUAAGUAACUGGAUUCCCAACCUUAAAAUUAUUUGCUGAUGGUUAAUUAUUGAUGGAAUAUCAAGGCGAUAGAACAGAAAAAGCUAUUGUUGAUUGGAUGAGAAAGAAAACAAGUAAACAUCAUAUUUAUGAGUACAUCUUAGAUAAGGGAUCUGUUGAAGCAAAAUCAUUAGAUUAAUUGAAGAGGUUCUCUGAAUCUCCUAAUUUAGUUAUGGUAUUCUUUGGUGAAUAGAAAGAAUCAUAUGAAUUCAUGUAAUACUAUUAAUUCUCACAGUAAUCACUAUAUUUUUAUGUACUUAGAAAGAAUAAACAUAUUCCAGCCUUACACACAUUUAAUUAAAACUUCGCUAAUGAGAUGAGAGCUUAAGUACCCAGCAUAGUUAUUUAUAAACCAUAUGAUGAAAGAAAAGCUGCAAUUUUUGAUAAUUUCGAGAUUUCUUACAUAGAAUAAUUUGUCAAAAAACAUUCUUAUCCUGUUUUGAUGAAUUUCGACAUUUCAGUAAGAAUAUAGAAUUUCAAUUGUUUAGACAGCAAAAAGAAUAUUCAAAGGGGAUUAACCAACUCUUUUCUUAGUGUAAAAUUCUUAAACAAAUCAAGCUGAAAAGCACUUAAGAUUAGCUUUAUCUAAAAUUAAAGAUUAGAUUCUUAUUUGCAUAGCUAAUACGGAUAACAAAUAUGGGUUGAGACUUAUGUAAUAUUUUGGAAUUUAAAAUGGUAAAAAUUAAUGCUUAUAUUAUAGAUUACCUCCCUUAGAUUGUGGCAUUUAAUCCAAUCUCUGAUAGCUUUAAUCUAUUGAGUGAAAUUACAAAAGAUGGAAUCAUUAAUUUUACAUAAUCAUUUUUAGGGCUCCAAUAGCGUUCAUAAAAAUCAGACUUAUGA